AUGAUGACAGCCAGGAUAGGAACCACGGGGAGUCCCAAAGCGCUUAUUGCAUUUGAGAAUAGGGAGGAAAGCUCGAAGAUCAGUCCUGUGCAACCGAUGGAGAAUACCUGCCAGGCUAGCUGUUGUAGGGAUAAGAGUAGACCAAACCCAGCAGAUGCACCAACGGAGGGUGGAAGAUAUAGUGAGGAGGAAAAGAGAAUUCAAAAUGAUAGGAAGAAGAAAGCGGUGAAGGCUAACUGUGAUGCACAGAUCAGGGAAAGGGUAGAAACAGAUAAAAGACCAGUAGGUUCUCGAGGAACUGGUUUAUGCUUACUCACCAAUGACUUGUACUUCUUGAUCCCCCUUCAUAGUAGAUGUGGAAUCCCCCUCCUUCGAGAUGGACAAGGAGGCAUGUGGAUUAGAAACACAUUUAUGGAGAUGAUGUCUCGCUUCUCUUUUCAAAAGAAGACAUUUGCACCACAAUAUUGGAUGGCAGAGGAAGUCACUUUAUUAACUGCUAAGAUGGAGACUGCCAAAUGGUGUCACACUCACAAAAUUGACAUGGAUGCCUCCAGGCCGAUAAGUAAAGAAGUGAAACCCCAAAUAGCUAGGAUCAUAGAAAUCACCUUUAACCCAUUCAUUUUGUCAUGGAAAAUGAUUACAGCCAAGAUAGGAACCACUGGGAGUCCCAAAACGCUUAUUGCAUUUGAGAAUAGAGAGGAGAGCUCGAAGAUCAGUCCUGUGCCACCGAUGGAGAAUACCUGCCAG